GUUAAGUUAGUGUUAUUGGAAAUUUGCAAACUGAAUCAUGCCAAAACUACGAAAACAACGCAGGAAAAAGGUGUACAAGCACAACGUAAACCGCAAAAGGCUGCGGAAUAAAAUAUUCAGCACUGGAAACAUCGGCUGCAAGGACGUGAAGAACGCAUGGGAUGAGAAGAAAUCAGUCCAGACCAACAUGGAGGAGAUGGGGCUGUCCUAUGACCCCAACAGGACCCUGGGCAUACCCAAAAGAAAGCGCCAGCUGCAAGAAGCGAUGGGUGUCACUGAAGAGCCACUGGAAAACCCACGAGUACCUGCGAAGAAGUUCGUGGCUGAACGACUGGAGGCCGAUGCAAAAGCGCCGAGGGAAAAGCGCUUCAGGCUGCCCAAAGGCCAGGUGGAGUGGAUAACGUAUUUGCUGAAAAAGCACGGGACUGACUACAAAGCGAUGGCCAGGGACAACAAAAACUACCUUCAGGAGACCUGGAAGCAGCUCAGGCAGAAAGUGCGCACCUUCAAAAGGAUCCCUGAGCAGUACGGGAAGUACCUGGAAGAGAGCGGAGCCCGCCCUGUAGACUCAGACGCUGAGCAGUUGACUGACGACGAACUAUAGUUAAAUAUUCGCUAGUAUACGUUUUUUUUAUCUUCA